AUCGAGCUCACCUCUCUCAGCACUCGUCUGUUCCUCACUACACCAUGCUUGCCAAAUCCGCUAUCGUCGCUGCCCUCUCAGCCCUCGCCCUCGGCGGCCUCAUCAAGCGUAACGACAUUCGCUUGGAAGUCGUUAUCCCGCAAGGCGAGACUCUCGCCCAGUUAAACCAGACCUGGACGGCCGAGUGCAACCAAAUCCUCGCUGGAAAAACGGGCACGCCCACCUUGCUCGUCGAGCAGUCCUCCAACGCGGGUGAUGCAUACGUCUUCUGCGCGACGUACACCACGAGCCCGAACGGGCCGGACACCAUUGACCAGUACACCGUCGAGUGCGCGAACGCGCUCGGUAUCCAGUUCACGUCGCCGGGCCAGAAGAAGAAGCGGAACGAUAUCCGCGAACUCGUUGUUAUCCCCGAGGGCGAGACGAUCGACCAGCUGAACACGAACUGGACGAUCGAGUGCCACAAGCUCGUCGACAGCUUGCCGGGCACGUUCUCCUCGCUCGUCGAGCCGUCGCCGAAUGCCGCCGAUGCGUACGUCUACUGCUCAACGUACGAGACCGGUUCGGAUGGUCGCGUUACCGUCAACGAUUACACCAAACAGUGCGCCGCUGGCCUCGGGAUUCAGCUCGCAUGAACAUCAGAUGUUGGGCUGAAGGGUGAUUUCUUUGGUCGGUGCCAUGGAUUUUUAUACAGUAGCACGCUGCAAAUGUAUUCACCUGGCAUUAUUCGAUGAUUGCCGCAGAUCACAGUGCAAAAUUCUAUUUUCAGAUUGACAGACAUGCGCGAGCGCUAUAUACCGAGUCGUCUAGAGUCACGCAAUCUCUCUUGGGUUGUUUUUGAUUAUGUAUGC